CUCCACUCGGCGUUUGCGCACUUCAUACACUCAUCGACUUCACUCAAGAACGCUCGAUUCGCGACACUCAUUUCAAUAAUCAUGAAGCUUAUUACCUGCACCUGUCUCUUCGUGACUCUGCUCACGCUAAGCCACGCGUUCAUGGAGGACUUCGAGGAGAAUAUGCAGCGCGAAAUGGACGAGAUGAACAAGCAGAUGCAGCAGGACAUGGAACAGGAACUCGUGCAGGCCACGGGCAAGUCGCUAAGUGCCGUACAAGACAUAAUGGCAAAAUCGUCAACAUCGUGCAACAACGGUCACUGUCUCAUCUGUGUUAACGACGAUUGCGAAAUGUGCUCGCGUGGCUCGUGCGCGCACUGCGGCGGCAGUAGCUGCUCCAACUAGAUUGCAUCGCAACGACACUGAAGCUCGAUCGCCAUCGCCAUACGCACUGAACAAUUGUAGCUCGGGGGACGCGAGAAGGGAACGCGCUCGACCAAUCUCGAGCGUUGUCUGUGGUCAUUCAAAAAAGCACGGCCGAGGCAUGGAUCGAGAACAUUUCCUUCCAGCGUCCCGCAGAAAAUGUUUCUUUUUAGUGCUCAGACUGUGAUUACGAUUAAACUUGAGAUGUUUCACAACGACAGAUUAGACUAAGUGUACUGCAUCAAAUCGUCUACGUCUGAUUUGCAUAUUUCACCUCAAUGUUUUCAGUUUCCGCUAGACAUUUUACUUAAAAUAUUGUUAGGCUUACUUAGAUCUAUUCGUAUAAUAUACCCCUAUCUGUUAUUAAAUGACAGCCUUUCCUAUUACUUUAUGAAAGAUGUAACUCAUCAUUGAGUCGUUUGCGAAAAAUUUGUAUACAGUUCAUCAGUAGAUGUCACAUACAACCGGGGUAAUUGGGUAAUAGUGGACCAAUUAUAACUUUAUUAUACAAAUGCUUUCUUUUACUAUACUCUGGUAUUACACGAGAAAAUUUAUACUUUUAAUUUACAACCUACAGAAACAAAAUAUGUUGCCAAAUAAUGGCAGCAAUGUAUUAGCACAUGCUCCGGUUGAUAUUGCUUUUUAGAA